AUGGAUCACCAGCUCAUCGCCCUCGUCAACAAGCUCCAAGACGUGUUUGCGUCCAUUGGUGUUCAGAACAACAUUGAUCUGCCCCAGAUCACUGUCAUCGGUUCCCAGUCCAGUGGAAAGUCGUCCGUCCUCGAGAACAUUGUCGGUCGCGACUUCCUGCCCCGUGGUACCGGUAUUGUGACCCGUCGCCCUCUGGUUCUCCAGCUCAUCAACCGUCCGGCAGCGAGCAAGCCCGCCAACGGCGACAAGAAGGAGGAUGAGAAGCCCGAGGAUGCCAUGGCCAAGGUCCAGGUGAACGAGAACAACCCCGACGAGUGGGGAGAGUUCCUGCACCUUCCCGGCCAGAAGUUCCACGACUUUAACAAGAUUCGCGAGGAGAUUGUCCGCGACACCGACAAGAUGACCGGCAAGAACGCUGGUAUCUCGCCCAACCCCAUCAACCUCCGCAUCUUCUCCCCCAAUGUCCUCACCCUCACCCUUGUGGACCUUCCCGGUUUGACCAAGGUCCCCGUCGGUGACCAGCCCCGUGACAUUGAGAAGCAGAUCCGCGACAUGCUCAACCGUUACAUCUCCAAGCCCAACGCGAUCAUCCUUGCUGUCACCGCCGCCAACACCGACUUGGCCAACUCGGACGGUCUCAAGCUCGCCCGCGAGGUCGACCCCGAGGGUACCCGUACCAUUGGUGUUCUCACCAAAGUCGACCUGAUGGACCAGGGUACCGACGUUGUCGACAUUCUCGCUGGCCGUGUCAUUCCUCUCCGCCUCGGCUACGUCCCCGUCGUCAACCGUGGCCAGCGUGACAUUGAUCAGUCGCGUUCCAUCGCCUCGGCUCUCGAAAACGAGAAGAGGUUCUUUGAGAACCACGCCAGCUACGCCAGCAAGGCCCAGUACUGCGGUACCCCCUGGCUCGCCCGCAAGCUCAACAUCAUCCUCAUGCACCACAUCCGCAACACCCUGCCGGACAUCAAGCAGCGCAUCUCGUCGCAGCUCGUCAAGUACUCGCAGGAGCUUGCAACCCUUGGUGGUGCCAUGGGCGAGACCAACCCCGGCAGUGUCGUGCUCUCCACCAUUACCGAGUUCUGCUCCGAGUUCCGCUCUGCGAUCGACGGUAACACCAACGACCUCUCACUCAACGAACUUUCCGGCGGUGCCCGUAUCUCGUUUGUCUUCCACGAGCUGUUCAACAACGGUGUCAAGAGCAUCGACCCCUUCGACCAGGUCAAGGACGGUGACAUCCGUACCAUCCUGUACAACUCGUCGGGUUCGACACCCUCGCUCUUCGUCGGCACCAGCGCGUUUGAGAUUAUCGUCAAGCAGCAGAUCCGCCGCCUGGAGGAGCCCGCUCUCCGCUGCUGCGCCCUCGUCUACGACGAGCUCAUUCGUAUCCUUGGCCAGAUCCUCGUCAAGACCCAGACCUUCAAGCGCUACCCCGAGCUCAAGGAGCGGUUCAACUCGGUCGUCAUUGGCUUCUUCAAGGACUGCAUGAACCCCACCAACAAGCUCGUUGCCGACAUGGUCGCCAUGCAGGCUUGCUACGUCAACACUACUCACCCGGACUUUAUCAGCGGCCACAAGGCCAUGGCUCUUGUUCAGGACCGCCUGAACGCUAACAAGCCUCCUGAGAAGGUCGACCCCAAGAAGCAGAUCAACAACGGCAAGGACCUUGACGUCGACCUGAAGAAGGACGACAGCUUCUUUGGCUCGUUCUUCUCAAAGGACAAGCCCAAGCGCAAGGGCGCUUCCGUCAUGGAGGCUCCUCCCCCCACCAUCAAGCCUGUGGCUCAGCUCAACGACCGCGAGCUGAUGGAGACCGAGGUCAUCAAGCUGCUUAUCCAGAGCUACUUUGGCGUUGUCAAGCGUGAAAUGAUCGACAUGGUCCCCAAGGCGGUCAUGCUCAACCUCGUCGGCUUUGCCAAGGAGAACCUUCAGAAGCAGCUUCUCGAGCAGCUUUACAACAACGAGACAUUGGCAGAGCUGCUCAAGGAGUCGCCCGAGGUUGUUGCCCGCCGCAAGGAGUGCAUCCGAAUGGUGGAGGCGUUGUCCAAGAGCGAGGCCAUCAUUGCUGCGGUCUAG